CUUCGUGCUGAGUCCCUGGGUUGCCCAGGCAACGACCCGCCGCCUCAGGAGCCAGGCGGCAGGACUCCCCAGCAAGCCCUAGCGCGCAAGCGCGCCCCGCGAGCAGUGGAGCAAGGGCGGGGCGCGGCCGCUCAGGGGCGGGAGGGCGGUUGUCGGUGCCCGCGCCGCCCGGCGUCCGUCACGUAGGUUACGCAGUCGCUCCCCGUGGACGGCUGGAGCCCUCGGGCAGCUGUGUCCUCGCCAGCAUGGCGGCGGGCCCGCGAUGGUGCGGUGCGGCGGCUGCCGGUGUGGCUGACCCGGGCCGGGUCUGAGAAGAGCCCGAGCCAGUGGCGCUUCCCGGCCCUCGGGCCAGGGGCUCCCGCCCGCGACUGCAGCCGUCGGAGCCCGGCCGCGCGCGCUGGAGGCCCCGGAACCUUGUGCCCCCGGAACCUUGUGCCCCCAGCCCCGGGCCCCGGCGGGAAUGUUCAAAAAUGAGUACCAGGGUGGUGCAUUUGUUGAAAUCUUUAGUGCUCAGGGAAAAAAUCCUGGAGCAAAAUGGAAGAUCCUUGGCAGUCCGUCUGUGAUUUGGAAAGAGUUUGAUAAAGAAGUUAAAAGUUUUGUGUUUGUUCUGGAAGGCAGCAGCCAAACAAACAAAAUUCAGUUACCAAAGGAGAAUAAGCAGAUCCUUGGGCUGAUCCAGAGGUUUCUUGUACUUCAGAUUUACAUACCCCUGGGACAAGACUUCUCUACUGAAUUGCUAAUUACUGACUUAGGCAACAUCAAAAGAAGACUUUAUUUAUCAACAGUCCAUAAGGAACUGUCCUCAACCCCUCUUCAUGCAAAAAUCCCACUCUUCAUGAUCAAGCGCAAAAUUUGGUGCAAUCUGUGCAUUGACUUGGCAGCGUUCACCAGUGAAGUAUUCAAGGGGGCAGUUUUCCAGUCAUUGGAUGGCAUCAUUGUCUCGGCUAACUGCAGACUGCGGAAGAUCUUCACCUUAAAAUCCAAGCCUCAAGACACUGCAGAUAAAGAUGAUGAACCCACAGACAUUAUCCCACGAAGCUGCCAACUAACAACAGAUGUUCCACAUGUCACACAGCUGCUGAACAUGACUAAACUUCGCCAAACUGAAAUAAAAUUUGGAGGACAUCCACUAAGAUCAGCAGAGUCGGAAGUAGCCCGAUUGAGUACAAUGGCACAGGAAAAACCAGAUUUGCAAAUUUUGGAAGUCAAAAGUCAGUCAUCAGACUCAUACAUGGAUGAUGAAGAUGAAAAUGACUUUGACAUUGGCUGUGUGAGCCAAAGUCCCUGUGACAGUGAAAUGGAACAACACAAAGUGACAUUAUAGUUGCUGCAACAACAUCUGCUAUAUCAAUCAACUGAUAUAGACACAGGAAAUGUAGAUCUCCUUGAUUCAGAAGACAAAACAGCAAUGUGAGUGCAUUUUUGACUAAUUGAAAUGUUGCAGAAUGGUCAUGCAACCAAAUGGAACAAUCCAGUGUUAAAACUGGGCCCAAAAAUAGAGUGAAGAUCUGCCAGGGGUGAAACCUAUUGGGCAGAAUGCCAGCACUGCCAUUCAGUGUUGGAAAUUGUAACAGACAAAAUGCUACAAGAUGUUGUCCAAUACACAAAGUCUGAAAUACAGGUAAAAUGUUCUGUAUGCACCAGUAAUCAUAUGGAAAAUUGUAUUUAUUAUGACACCUCCCUUGCUGAACUGAAAGCGUUCAUAAGUCUGCUGUACUUACCAGGGAUUUCUCAUAGUAAUCACAGGAAUGUAAAAGACUUAUGGAAAAGUGAUGAGUCAAAAUACAGCAUUUAUACCCUUGUGGAUGCAAAGACAUUAUGCUUUCAAUUUAGAAAUUUAUCCUGGAACUCAGCCACCAGGUUCUUAUUCAUAGAAUAAUAAAGCAAAUGAUGUUGUGAACAGACUUGUUGGCUCCCAUCUCCCACACUAGUCAGAAUUCAACAAUUGGUUUAUCGGUUUCCAGUUGAUGUUAUAUUUGCUAACAGAGCACAAGUUGACCAGUGUAGGAAUUGUACACAGGAACAAAGCAGAAAUUUCAAAUGAAAUGUUGCAAUUUCAAAACAGAAUUAUAUAGUACAGUCUUUGGAUUUCAGAAAGAUUUACAUUGGCCUUGUAUAUGGCAAAGAAAAACAAACUGGUAUUGUUGGUGUCAGUAUUGCACCACAAUGGAAAUAUUGAGAGGGAAAUUUCAACAAAUCGGAUGCCUGAGAUGGAAACUUUCAGUUAUGCAGCAGAUAUAAUGUCACUUGAAACACACGGUGUUGGCCAGUGGUUGUGUUUUACUAGAUCCUAAACAUGUGUGGCAUAAAUAGCUUGAUCAUUUACAAAGAAAAUAACAACUGCAAAAUACCAUGGAGAAAUUUUCUUAGAGGGUUGGGAUUGGAACUCAUAAGAGAUCAUUUAUGGCAGAGGAAAAACAAAAUGUUUCUGCCCAGGGAAUUAUGCAAAAAAAUUGUGGAGCACACUGGUGAGCUAAUAGGUGAACAGGCAGGUGCAGCAUCCCAAAGACCUUCUACGAGAAUAGGAAAACCAAAAAGAUGUCAACUAUGCCCUACAAGAAGGGACAGGAAAACAAGACAUAUGUGCUAUCAAUAUAAGCAAUACUUGUGACUAGAUCGUGCAGUUGUCACGUGUGAAGACUGCCUUGGGAGUGACAGUUGAAGCAAAGGUUAUUUCUGUGGUAGACUUUUGUUUGUGUUUACAUUGUAGUUCACAUGGGUUUGUAUUUCUAAUAUUAACUUUUAAGUUUUGUAAGCAAUUACACAGCUGAUGUGAAAAUGUUGAUGUCUAUUCAAAGCACCCAUUACAUAUUUGAUAUUUUAUUGCUCUCUCGUUUUCCUGCUAAGUUCACGUUGUACAAUACAGUAGGAAGCUCCUGACAAAACAGGAAGAGAAGAGAGGUGACAAGAAUGGCCUGCCAUGUAGGAAAAGAAAGCUAAGCACAUGUGCUGUCAGUGUGAGCAAUA